UACGUUCCACCAAUCAGCGUCAGUUUCUGAAGCCCAGGAAAGGAGCAGAUGAUAUGGCAGCUUUGUGAGCGGCCAGGUGGAACUGGCUUUUGUUUAAUCGCGUUGACAGCGGAACAUGAGUACACUUUAACCCGCACGCCGCAGCGGGGGAUCCGAAAAUGAUAUACCUGAUAUUAAUUUCUUUCUUCUCCGGGGCCAUCGUCACGCUCUUUCUGCAGCUUUUACUGUUGUACCGGAGGAGCCCCGAGCCUAUCGCUAGGACAGUUCAAUAUGUCAAAACAGUUCCUGAUCCAGCACUGAAGGAUUACUUUAGCAACCAACAACCCGAAUCAACGCAGCAACAAUCAGACACCACAGCGUCUGCCUCCAAACAACCAGAGGCCGCUUCUCCUAAGCAGCAAGAGACCACCGUCCCCGGCAGCAGCCCCAAACAACAGCCGUCCUCGCCACCGCCUUCAUUGAGCGACCCUCAGCACACCUCCAAAGCAGAGACAUGCGAUUUCCUCAAUGCCAUAUUUCUGUUCUUAUUCCGCGAGCUCCGAGACACCCCAGUCGUCAGGCACUGGAUCACCAAAAAGAUCAAGGUGGAGUUUGAGGAGCUCCUCCAGACCAAGACCGCCGGGCGUCUGCUGGAGGGGCUCAGUCUGCGGGACUUCUCUCUUGGCAACUCGGUGCCCGUCUUCAAAACUGCCAGACUGAUGAAGCCGGUGGCUCUAACUGAAGACAACAUGCCAGAGGAGCUCAAUUUCGAGGUUGACUUAGAAUAUAACGGCGGCUUUCAUCUGGCCAUCGAUGUCGAUUUGGUAUUCGGGAAAUCGGCUUAUCUGUUUGUGAAGAUGACCCGAGUGGCAGGCCGCCUGAAGCUGCAGUUCACCCGCAUGCCUUUCACGCACUGGUCCUACUCAUUCCUGGAGGACCCGCUCAUAGACUUCGAGGUGAAGUCUCAGUUUGAGGGCCGUCCUCUGCCCCAGCUCACCUCCAUCAUAGUCAAUCAGCUCAAGAGAGUUAUCAAGAAGAAGCACACUUUACCCAACUACAAAAUAAGGUACAAGCCCUUUUUUCCUUUCCAAGUUCAGCCACCGCUGGCCUCAUCAUGUGACCUGGACAUCUCCAUCCGAGACACACUAUUGGUGGAGGGGCGUCUACGUGUCACACUUGUUGAAUGUAGCAGGUUGUUUAUCCUGGGUUCGUAUGAACGGGAGACAUAUGUUCACUGCACCUUAGAGCUAAGUUCUGACGAAUGGCGGGAAAAAACUCGCAGCUCCAUUAAAGAGACUGAGGUGAUUAAAGGACCAUCUGGGAGCGUGGGAAUGACGUUUAGGCAUGUCCCGGCCAGUGAUGGUGACACGGUGCAUGUGAGCAUAGAAAGUGUCACCCCAAACUCCCCAGCUGCCCUGGCAGACUUACAGAGAGGAGAUCGCCUCAUUGCUAUUGGAGGAAUCAAAGUGACAUCCUCUGUCCAAGUGCCGAAGCUGCUAAAACAAGCUGGAGAGAAAGUGAUAGUCUUAUAUGAGAGGCCGGUCCGGCACCAGGUGCCCACUGUGGGCUUGGGGACACUCCAAGAAACCCUAGGCCCAAUGGAGGAGCCCAGCUAUCUUCAACAGCCUGGGGGCUACGAGGAGGACCCAGCCCCAAUAACCACCAUUGACAUAUCUGAAAACAGAGAUAAUGACUCUGAGUUUGAGGAGCUAAUAAUCGAGUCCAAAUCAACUGCAGUUCCAGUCGCCGUUGACACGAAGGAGGAAUUCCUGCUCUCUGUAAACCAAAGUCCCAAAAAAACUGUGGCGAACUUGGCCAAACCCCUCGGUUCCAUCUCACCAAAUCUCAACCGCAGACUGAACCUUCAGUCACCACUCAAACCCCAGCCCAAAGAAUCGCCAAAGGCACCAACUCUCAAGACUGCUGAACCUUCUGAACCACCACAGAGACCAACGGUGCCCCCUCCUCCACCACCUGCACGCCCUCCUGUCCCUCCCAGGCCUCAUAUAAAAGUAACAUCUGCCUCCUCAUUAACCCAAAGCCUGGUCGAAGGCAGCGAACAUGCAGUGGAAAAAAGUCCUGAAAAAGUGCAAUCUACUCCUGCCAAUGGUGAUAAACCGGUAGAGAAAAUUGCUGUUAAGUCACAAGAGCCAAAGCCGGUGAGCAAGAACCCAGAUCCUGUGGAGGAAAUUCCAAGUAUCACAGCCACAAACAAGCAAGAUUCAGCCAAAGACAAGAUAUCUGAGAGCUCCUCCAACACUAGGGACAGUGUCGAUGAGCAGGGUCUCUGGGAAUCAUCUGAAACCAUGUACCGCAGCAGAGUAGCCCGCUGGAACAAAGCCUCUGUGAUCCUUGAGGUGGAAAGCCACCACAAAUUCCUUAAUGUAGCACUUUGGUGCAAGGACCCCUUCAAACUUGGUAGUCUCUUGUGCUUGGGACACGUCAGCUUGCGCUUGGAACACAUAGCAUUGGAAUGCUUAGCUACUUCAUCUGCUGAAUAUCAAAGCACCUUCCGUUUAUGUGCUCCUGAACCAAGGGCCAGCGUCAGCCGUACUGCUUUGCGCAACUUGAGCACUCACAAAGGUUUCAAUGAAAAACUCUGUUAUGGUGAUGUUACACUAGACUUCACUUACCUUGCAGAUGGGGAGUCAGACCUCUCCAGUGGACUGGUAGAACGUGAACGCGAAGGGAGUCUACUGGAAGAAAACUUAAAAGACCGGGAAAAGGACCGGGAGCAGGUACUCAUAGUAACCCGGGAUGAACAAAGUAACAGUGGCAUGCAGAUCGGAGAGAUGCGGCACAAUUUUCAAGACACUCAGUUCCAGAAUCCCACUUGGUGUGAAUACUGCAAAAAGAAGGUGUGGACCAAGGCUGCCUCACAGUGCAUGACCUGUUCUUAUGUCUGUCACAAGAAAUGUCAGGAGAAAUGUUUAACAGAGCAUCCUAACUGCGUAGCCGCCUCAGAACGGCGUGGGGCGGAUCCUGAGGCCAAGUCUACCAUCAAUCGGGCAACUACUGGCCUAACACGUCAUAUUAUCAACACUAGCUCUCGACUCCUCAAUUUGAGGCAGGUGCCCAAAGCCAGACUUGCAGAACAGGGCACAGAAAUGGGACCAGGGGUAGUUGAACCUUCUCCAAAACACACACCUAACACAUCUGACAACGAGAGCAGUGACACAGAGACCUAUGCUGGGGCCAGUCCUUCCAAGCAGCCACCUGGAAGCGGUGGUUCCAAACUGGUGCGCAAGGAAGGUGGGCUGGACGACAGCGUCUUCAUUGCCGUCAAAGAGAUUGGUCGAGAUCUUUACCGUGGCCUCCCGACAGAUGAACGUUCACAGAAACUGGAGUUUAUGUUGGACAAGUUGCAGCAGGAGAUUGACCAGGAGCUCGAGCAUAACAACUCUUUGAGUCUGGAAGAGCGAGAGACGAUUGACUCCAGACACAAGGCCCUCAUCUUGGCAGCUCUGGCCAAGUCCGGUGAACGCCUGCAAGCUUUGACUUUGCUCAUGAUUCACUACCGUGCUGGCAUCGAAGACCUAGAGUCUGUAGAAAGCACUUCACCAUCUGAACAGCAUGGCUUUCCGAAGGCCAAAGCUGAAGGUCUGGAGGAGGCGCUGAUGGGCACAGAAGUGUACGACAGUGAAAUCUGCAGUCCUGUUGAUGUUCAGCUGCUGGAUGAGAUUACAGAGGAACAGAUCUGUGUGGAGGCAUUACCGUAAAGAUGAUAAAAGGCAUCAGGGGCUUUGGAUUCAAGAACAAAGACGUUUUCUCAUGUUUGACUUGGUUGACGUGGGUGUUCCACAGGUGAUUUUGAGGUGUGCAAAAGUAUUCCUAAAGAUCACUGUUAUGUAACUGUCAAUUGAGGAUCUUUGUGAGACUGUCAGUAGUUUACCAUUUUUUUUUUUUUUGUACGUUUUAAUUUUUUAAAUAAAUAUUUUCCCCCAUCUUUAGUCCUUAGUUAUUGUUUUAGAGGACAGCAUCAUCUGUAGACUUUCAGCAGUAUUAGAAAAAAUACACAGAAUGAGUUCCCACGAUCAAACCAAGUUUUACCUGAAUUACCUUAAAGGUGUAGUCAAUGUUUUUUUUUAAGCAUAACAAGCUUCAAAAGGGAGAGCUAGUGUGAGGCUGAAGCAGGAUGAGCUUGAAUAUGUAUUUUUAUUUUAGCUUGUAUUAGUAGAGACUGAAUUAUGUACGUGUGCCGUUAGUGAUGUUUAUGGUUGGAAAUACACCCCAUUCAUUGUGUUUUGAGCGUCAAGCUCCUUUUGCCUUACACUAUAUCCACUACAACUGAACAGCAGUCCAUAGAAAAUGAUGCCAUUCCUAACCAACAUAUUCUUGUGUUACUUUAUUGUUAUUAUUAAUUUUAAAGCAUAAUUUCUUUAAUGUUAAUUUUGUUAUUUUUAGAAUAUUUAAUGUUGAAUUGAGAGGGAAUCCUCAUAGGACAGAUAUUCUUGAUGUAAUUAUAAUACUGGGGACCAUUCUUUGUCUAAUUUAUAUUUGUCACAAAGCCAUUGUGACUUUAUUUCUUUUUUUGAGGGAGGGAUAUUUAUAUUGCAUAUGUAUGUUUCUUUAUAUACGUUUCCAAUAAUUCCAAUAAUCUCAUUACAUAAUCUCACAAUUAAUUUGCUUUGAGCCUUUAUGAGUUGGCGAUAUCUGAAAAUGAAAUGAAAAUGGUGGCGAUAUCUCUCAAACCAAUUUGGAGACUUUUUAAUCCAUCAUCAGAUGGUCCUGGUGAAUGGUUAUGUUUGUGUGAAUGUGUCAUUUUAUUAUAAUGCAAGAUAAUUUUCAGUAUGUCUCACUUUGGUGUGCUUGGGCAUGAUUUGUUGAAAGUUAAUUUUACAUUUGUACUACUGAAUGUAUCUCCCAAAUGACUCCCUUAACAUUCAUUAUUCCAUUCACCUCUCAACACAUCAUCUCUCAAAGUGUAAAACAUCAUUAAAACUGUCUUUUGUCACUGCAUACAGUAUUCCUUAAUUUCCGAAGCUACUGUGCAAGUUCAUGAACUGUCUGUAAAAGCUGAGAGUGCGUUGUGACCUCUGUCUGUGUAUUGCUUCCAUUUCCAUGAAAUUCCAUGAAAUAGUUUCCAUUUAUUUCAUUUAUUUUGAAUGGAGUAUAAUUCUUUUUUUGCUGUUACUUCAUGUGGUUUACACAAUAACUACUGUAAUUAGCUUAUAUGCAUUUCUGAAUUAAAGAUUUUUAGUAAAAACAAA